GCGGCGGCGCGGGGGGCCAGGGCCGGGCCGCGCGCGGAGGCUGAGCCCGCCCCGCCCGCCGGGGAGGGGAGCGUCACGGAGGCUGCUUGAAAUGCAGCGGAGCCCGAGCCGGAGCCGGAGCCGGAGCCGGAGCCCGAGCCCGAGCCGGAGCCGGAGCCCGAGCCGGAACCCAAGCCGGAGCCGGCCGCAGCAGCCCCGCCGUGCGCACUGGGCCGGCUGAGGGCGCGGGGCGCUGCGGGGGUCCCCCGGCCAUGGGGCGGCCCGAGCUGCUGCCGGCGCUGCUGCUGCUGCUGCUGCCACCUUUGCUGGCCCCAGGGGCCGCCAAGGAGUGCGAGGAGAACCAGUUCCAGUGUGGGAACGAACGCUGCAUCCCAUCUGUGUGGAGAUGUGACGAGGACAAUGACUGCGUGGACAACAGCGACGAGGAUGAUUGCCCCAAGAAGACCUGCUCAGACAGCGACUUCACCUGCGACAACGGGCACUGCAUCCCGGAGCGCUGGAAAUGUGACGGGGAAGAGGAGUGUCCCGACGGCUCGGACGAGUCCGAGACCACCUGCACCAAACAGGUGUGUCCUGCCGAGAAGCUGAGCUGCGGCCCCGCCAGCCACAAGUGCAUCCCGGCGUCCUGGCGCUGCGACGGCGAGAAGGACUGCGAGAGCGGCAGCGACGAGGCCGGCUGUGCCACAGUGUGCUCCCCCAGCGAGUUCCAGUGCGGUAACCGCACGUGCAUCGCCACCGUCUUCGUGUGUGACGGCGACGACGACUGCGGCGACGGCAGCGACGAGCGGGGGUGCCCGGCGCAGGGCUGCGGCCCUCAGGAGUUCCGCUGCAACGGCAGCUCGUGCAUCCCUGAGCGCUGGCUCUGCGACGGCCAGGCCGACUGCGACGACCGCUCGGACGAGGCGCCGGAGCGGUGCGGGCGCGGGGCGGGCACGGAGGCCCCGGCCACGUGCGGCGCCGGCGAGUACCCCUGCGGCAGCGGCGAGUGCAUCCACCUGACCUGGAAGUGUGACGGGGACGCGGACUGCAAAGACAAGUCGGACGAGGCCAGCUGUGCUUCCGUGACGUGCGGCGCCGAGGAGUUCCAGUGCGCCGACGGGACCUGCGUGCCGAGGGCCAGGCGCUGCGACCGGGAGCCACACUGUCCGGACGGCAGCGACGAGGCUGGCUGCCUGCAGGAGUCCGUGUGCCAAAGCCCCGGCAGGUUUCACUGUAAGAGUGGCGAGUGCGUGGACGGCAGCAAAGUGUGCGAUGGUCGCGGAGACUGCCGCGACGGGUCUGACGAGCCGGUGACAGAGUGUGUGACGGCAGCGGCACGGGCAAGGACGCGGCAACGCAGGGAGGCCGACGAGUGUGUCCACAACAAUGGUGGCUGCUCCCACAUCUGCAGGGACUUGAAGCUCGGCUACGCCUGCGAGUGCCCACCGGGCUAUGAGCUGCUAGACAAGAAGACGUGCGGAGACAUAAACGAGUGCGACAACCCCGACGCCUGCAGCCAGAUCUGCAUCAACUACAAGGGCUACUUCAAGUGCGAGUGCCAUGCGGGCUAUGAGAUGGACACGCUGGCCAAGACCUGCAAGGCCGUGGGCACCAGCCCCUCCCUGAUCUUCACCAACCGGCACGAGGUGCGCCGGAUCAACCUGGGGAAGCGGGACUACGCGCCGCUCCUGCCCAUGCUCAAGAACGUUGUGGCCCUAGAUGUGGACGUGGCGGCCAACCGCCUCUACUGGUGCGACCUCUUCUACCGCAAGAUCUAUGGUGCAUUCAUCGACAAGGCCAGCGACCGGGCCGAGCAGGCGGUCCUCAUCGACAGCCAGCUGCACUCCCCUGAGGGCCUAGCCGUGGACUGGGUGCACAAGCACCUCUACUGGACCGACUCCGGCAACAAGACCAUCUCCGUGGCCACCGUGGACGGCGGCCGGAGAAAGACGCUCUUUAGCCACGACCUGAGCGAGCCUCGGGCUAUCGCUGUGGACCCUCUCCAUGGGUUUAUGUACUGGUCUGACUGGGGUGACCAGGCCAGGAUCGAGAAAUCAGGCCUGAAUGGAGUGGACCGGCAGGUGUUAGUUCUGGACAACAUAGAGUGGCCCAAUGGUAUCACCCUGGAUUUGCUCAGCCAGCGCCUCUACUGGGUAGACUCCAAGCUGCAUCAGCUCUCCAGCAUUGACUUCAAUGGUGGCAACAGGAAGGUCCUUAUCUUCUCUGUGGACACGCUUAGCCAUCCCUUUGGGAUCGCGGUGUUUGAGGACAAGGUGUUCUGGACAGACCUGGAGAACGAAGCCAUCUUCAGCGCCAACCGACUGAAUGGCCUCGAGAUCUCGGUCCUGGCCGAAAACCUCAACAAUCCUCACGACAUCGUCAUCUUCCAUGAACUGAAGCAGCCGAAAGCUCCCAACGCCUGUGAGCAGAGCUCCCAACCCAAUGGCGGCUGUGACUAUCUGUGCCUUCCUGCCCCCCAGAUCUCCGUGCACUCCCCCAAGUACACCUGCGCCUGUCCCGACUCCAUGUGGCUAGGCCCAGACAUGAAGAGGUGCUAUCGAGCUCCUCCAUCUACCUCAACCACGACGCUGGCCUCCCCCACCACGAGGACCGCAGGCACGCGUCUCCCCACCAGCCCCUUCCUGCCCCCGGGCCACACAGGGGCUCUGAGCCCUGGAGAUGCCUCCCUGAGCCCAGGGACAGGCCGCAGCGAGCCCACCAUCAGCCCAUCCAUGCCAGGGCUUCCCAGCCCAGGAAACAGCAACCACUCGCAGCACUAUGGGGCGAUGGGUGGCAAAUUAGUCUCAACAGCCACCGCCGCUAUUAUUGGCAUCAUUGUUCCUGUGGGGGUCAUAGCCUUGCUGGGGAUGAGCGGCUACCUGAUCUGGAGGAACUGGAAGAGGAAAAACACAAAAAGCAUGAACUUUGACAACCCCGUAUACAGGAAGACGACUGAGGAGGAGGAUGAGGACGAGAUCCAUAUUGGGAGAACAGCAACACAGAUUGGGCAUGUUUACCCUGCGCGGGUGGCCUUGAGCCUCGAAGACGACGGGCUGCCGUGAGGACCAGCGCCCUGUGCCUGAUGGGAUCCGACGCGUGCACUGGACUUCCUGGACACUGGAUGGAUGGACGGAUGGACGGAUGCGGUCUUUGCCUGGGUUGGCGUGUGCGUGUGAACAGGGGAGCGAGGGUGCGUGUCUGUGUGCGUGCUCGUGAUUACUUCUUAAACUUGAUGUUGCGGAAAGGUGACCACAAAGUUAUAAUGAACUUGAGACAUCCAAAGGAUGUGAGAGUUUUGUAUGUAUAAUGUUUUAUACGCGUCUUGCUGGCUGCCCUACCUGGAAGAAGGAGCAGACCGGCCCCUGCUGAGUGACUAACUUGACGGGGAAGUGGACCCGGCCUGCCCGGCAGGACAGGAACUCGCUGACCGUUCAAAAUUAUAUUUAUAGAGGGGGUUUAGGGGGGUUUGUAAAUAAAAUGAAGACGCUUUGUGGCUAUCCAUCGACAUAAGUGAAAACAAAACCGUGGACCCCUUCAUCGCCUCCCCCUCCCCCACACCCUUGCUAGAGUAUUUAUUAACAUAUUUCACAGAAAAAAGCUGUAAAUAAUUUAGAGAGACGAGAGUAUUUAUUCUGGGCCCUGCGUGGCUCGCUGUGUAUAGUCUGGGUGGGGGCGCUCUGAAGGGAUGGGCCUUGAUGGACAUCCAACACCGAAGUCCAAACCGUCCGGCCACAAAGGCCCAAGGCCUCGGCGCUUGAUGAGGAGGGGCUGGGGGGGGCUUUGGAGGUGGCUGUGGAAGUGAGGCCGAAGCCACUUAGUAGGGCUGGCAUUGGCCAGGGGAGAAGGAAAAGGCAGAGUGGCCGGAGCCGUCUCAGUGAGGACAUACAGCCCACGGAGGCCUUCCCCGCCAGGGCUUCGGUUCCAGGCCAGUCGGCUCCUUUGUGCAGUGCUGGCAACACUUGGAUGUUUGCUGAGCCACAGCCAUGCAGAGGGUCUUCCAAGGAUUUGUUUAGGCUGUAUUCGAUGGUCUCUGAAAUCUCUCCUGGUCCUGACAUUCAGUGUCCUGAGGGUUCUCCCAGCUCUGCCGCCCCUGCUCCAAGCUCCCUCCUUCUCUGCCAGCCCUGACGUUCUGUGCUCUGAAUUCUGUAUCACAUUCUGUGCUCUGAGAGCCUUUCUCUGCCUGGGAUUCUGCUCCUUGGGGGCAGGGUCUCACCCCCUCGUCAGGGUUAUUGUACUGGGCAGCAUCUGCUGAGAGAGGGGCAGCCCCUGAUCCCCAAGCACUUAUGGAUGGCAGGCUCUGUCCGGUCAGUCUCCGCGCUGGGAUCAUCACGGCCGCUUCCUUUAUCCCAGGACACUUGGGUCCUUUUGAGAUUGAGAAGUCCAGAGCAGACGGCCUGUGGGAAGUGGGGUUCGGGUCUUCCCAAGAUCUAAAAGGACGACCCUUGUUUCAGGGGACUUUGCCUCCUGCCCACAGACCGACUGUUCCCAACUCCAACCAUCCCUCGUCCCUCUCCAGGCUGUCGGGGAUGCUCUUCUCCUUUGGGUGCUGGGACCCUCCCAAAGGCCUUGUCCAUCCGUGCUGCUCUGAUCACCCAGGCCAGGCCUCCAUCAGUGAUGGGGUGGGAGACUGUGGGGCCAGGCCACAGCUGAGAGAGAAUCCAGGACCUGUGGAAGGGAGCCUGACCAACCCCAGGGAGAGCUCGGACACUGGGAGGACAGGACGCUUUAGGGAUGGACAACAGCCAUUGGAGAUCAGGAAGAGCUGUGGCUAUAGAUAGAGGAGGGUUUGAGUUUGGUCUCGAUGGCGCUCCCUGUAUGAACCUCAGCUUCCCUGUCUGUGAAAUUGGAGGGGGGUAUUGACAGAGCCCCUUUCUGGCUCUAAUGGUAAAAUCAUAAAUUUAGAGCUGGGAGAAAUCUCAGAGUUCAUCUAGUUCCGCCCUCUCACUUAUAGAGAAGGAAACCAGAGAUUAGGUGACAUAUACAUAAGAACAUAAGUCUAGAACCAGUAGGAAAAAUCCUUCUUCUUAAUGAGUUAGUAUAGAGGAGAGAAUGCUUAAAGACCUGACUUCAAAUUCAGUCUCUAAUAUCUGUAAAGCACUUAGCACAGUACCUGGCACAUAGUAGGUGCUUAAUAAAUGCUUUGUCCCUACUAGCUGCAUGACCUUGAACAAGCCAGUCCCCUUUGCUGAGCCUCAGUUUCCUCUAGUGUAAAAUGGUGGUAACAAUACCUACAGACCACCUUCCCUCCUUGGGAUGAUCUGGAGCCCAAUGGGCACUUUCGUAACCUCGAGACACUAUAAGGUUGUCUGCCAUUGUUAUCUUCUGUGCAAUGGGAUGGAAGCACAGGUUAAGUGAGACCCAAACCCAGAUCAGAACUGGGAUCGCAUUGGUACAGGGGAAUUCCAGGGAUUGCUUUAGGGGGUGGCCUACCCACAAUUGCGGAGCUAGUGGCAGGGCAGGAUUUGAACUCUGGCCUUUCAUGAUUCCAAAGCCCACUCUCCAUUCCACUACUCCGAGCCUCUCCAAAUGCAGGAUUUCUAGCUUUGAAACCUGUCUCCCUUUCACCAUGGCAGCGAUGAGAACACUAGGAGCACAGAAUUGACUGAUGGCUUUUCAUCUUUUUCUUUCUGCCCCUUUUUUGGUGGGCAGAAGCGGGGGUGGGAGGGAUAGGGGUUGUAUUAGGGGUCUCUGAGGAGGGUAUGAUGGCCUCUGGCAGGAUUGGAAGGAGAGAGAAAAUGUUCAAGGGAAAAAAAUGGUUUAUUAACCAUGAUCUAAGUCAGACAGAAGAAAGUCCUUUCUAUUUCCUGUCAAGAAAAGCAAAGGAAGUCAUAAUCAUAGUCAAGGUAAUUUCAGAGAAACGAGUAAACUACAAGUUGUUUGUUAGCAGGUGUUGGACAUCUGUGCACGUGGAGGCAUGUGGUUUACAGUUCUGAAAAUAAGUGGGCGAUGUCUGAAUUUCCCUGACUGCAUUUGUACAUAAUAGAAUGGAUAGAAUGGAUGGGCCACUUUCUCAGUGGAAGCCCUAAUCGUGCACAGCAGGGAGAGGGGCGUAUUAUUCUCUUUGUGAGAGUCCAUCAGCAGCGAGCUCCUUCCUGCCCUGCCAAUGGAGGGGUUAAACCCCUCGACGUUCUCUGCGAGGAUAGAUUUUGCUUGGCUCUUUCUGCGCCAAGCUACCAUUCCUGCUCACACCUGUCACCCACUGAAUCCAUCAACCAAGACAUGGAAGAGCUAGGAUCGACAAUCAGCACCGCCGCUUCAUGUACCCGGGAAAGGACAUGCCUUGUCAGGCCCUGGGGGCCCUAGAGUAUUCUACAGCCAAGCUUGAUGAGCCUAGAACAUGUCCCACCAUGUCCCGCUGUGCUGGGCCUAGACCCUUCCUUUGUUUACUACGUAUUAUUAUCCUUAACCUAAAUGGAGGAUGUUGGAGCUACUUAGGACAAUUAGAGCUCCUAUAAAACAUACUACUUGAACCUGCCCUUUAUCACCAGCAUAAUAUCCAAGGUCAGUAGUAAAAAAAGCAAAGGGAAUGAGCUUCUUUUGUGUACUUUAGAACUCAGAAUUUUACACCUGGAAGAAGGGACCUUAAAGGUGUUCUUGUCCAGUCCCUUCAUUUGACUCAAGAGGAAAGAAAGGGGCAACUUGGAUGGCAAGAACAACCCUGCAUUUUAGAGGACCCGAGUUUGCAUCCUGACUUUGCUCCUUGUUUUCUGAUCUUCGGUGAGUUAUUCUCUGGACUUCCUUCCCCUUGUCUUUGGAUAGAGUUGGACUCCAAGCUCUAAGAUGGGCCCUUCUAUUUCAAGCCCAACGAUCUUCUAGUCUCCAUUUUUCUCUUCUUCGACAUCCUUAGCAAAGACUGCCCCAGCCUCCUUUUGGUGACAUGUCAACCCUUCUGUUUCUUUAAGGAUCCAUGUCUUUGUUGGGGAUCUUAGACAAGACCUGACCUCCCAGCCAUGAUGCCAACUGAGAUGGAGAACCAAGGGAGGAGGGGGAUUUCAGUUUAUGAUGAUUCCUCCUAAAAAAAAUCAGACCCAGUUUCCAUUGUUGAAUGGCCCGAUUAGUCAUUAAAUGCUCCUUCAUGAACUAUUUAUCCUCAUCUGUCUUCUAGCAUACAGUAUAAGCAUCUUUUGCCCAUUUUCAAUCGGGUCCUGGCUCAAGAAAAGGCACCCAAAUUGCAUCCCAAACACUGGGUACUUGUAGGGUUCGAUUCAGAAUGAUAUUCAAUUUCCCAGAAUUUUGUAAACAUCCUAGUAUCUUCCAAAGGACAGUCAUGAUGGAAAGAGCUCUGGAACUAGAAGACCUGGGUUCAAAUUCUACCUUUGAUGCUUGCUAUGUGUAUAAUCAUGAGAAUGUCAUUGAAACUCCUUGGGCCUUCCCAGUUUCCUUACCUCUAAAAGGAGAAGUUUGGACGAGAUGACCCUUGCAGCCUCAUCUAGCCAUGUUCUACUCCUGUCCCCCCCUCAACACUUUGUAGACGUCCAAGCUGGCGUUCUAUCCAGUACAGAGUCUAAUUCCAAGCCACCACUUUGCAGGCAUCCUAGCUCUGUCUACACCUCUGCCCAUUUCCCAUGCUUUGCAGACAUUCCAGCCUUUAAUCGAGAACUACGUCCACAUAUCAUUGGGAGUAGCGGAGGUCCUGACCGCUUUUCAUAUCCAUAAAUUCCAGUUGUUUGACCGACAAGAACAGUUCAAGUGAAUGGAUGGGGUUGGGAGGUCAGUGGUGUAAGCAGCCCCUUGGCAUUCUUCCUUGAUUAUAAAGAAGAAAAUGGGGGAUCAUCUGGAGACAGAGCCCAAUCAUUGCAUGUCGUGAAGGUACUGGUGGGGAUGGAGGAGAUACAGCCAAACUGAAGAACUUCCCAGCUCCAGCAGCGAACGUACCAUCGUCUUACAACGUAGCAAUAAGUCAACCAUAAUGACAGAAGCCCCAGAGCAGAUCAUUCCUUCCCCCUCAAUGCCUGAAGGUAGAAUUCUGACGUGAGACAUUCAUUACAUUUUUAGACUUGGGGUCCUUUGGAGGCCGGAAGACCUCUAAAGAGGGGACAGAGCCGCUUCAGAUGGCCAGCCCUCAUCCUCGAUCAAGGAAGCCCUCUGCCCUCUCAGGCCAUUCACCAUGUGCAUGGCCCACAAGCAGCAGGAAACCACGUUUGUACCCAUCAUUCGACAUCAAAAAAGAAAAAAAGCUGCCUGUAAAUAUGUGUGAAGAUGGGAAAAUUUUGAUACUUUUUUUAACCAAAAAAAAAAAAGGAAAAAAAAGACAACAGAAAAUACCAACCUGUCCCGCCAUGUUUUAUGAAGCAAAAACAAAACAAACUAAAAUGUGUUUCCUUCAGACUAUUGUAAAUGUCAUGCCUGGUCCUAGUUUGGACACUCCACCAUCUUGUAAAAAAGAUCAUGUCCUGGAACGACAUUUGGGUUGUGCUCUGAGGCUUUUUCCUGCUUUUCUUUUAGACAUGAUCCCAGUAUUGAGCACCCCUGGGGGCGUUUGUUUGAAUGCUGUUAACACUAAUUGUUUCUCCCCCCUCCUCGGGUCACCCCCAGCUCUCUUCACAUCCUCCCUGCUCAGUGCCUUUUCCAUUUUGGUUUCUAGCUCCUGAGCCGAGGGCCUGAGGGGUGGGGGCGAAAUCUGUUGUAGUUGUUUUGCUGGACUGGCCUUGAUGUGGGGGAACAGAAAACCAGAUGAGGUCAUUUGUAAAACAGUCAACUGUUUCUACAUUCAGAUUAAACUCAUUUUCUUUUUCUGAGAGAA